GUUCUUGCACAUCCCAUUUUCGGAUCGACAGGAAACACUCUGCAGAUACAAUCACAAUGGCGACUCCUGCACCAGAACCGCUGACAGGCAAAGCUGCCGAGCAAUUCGACCUCAUCAAGAGCAAUUUGCAAGAAGUUCUGAACCCAGAAAUCAUUGAAGAUGUUCUGCGGAAGGGCGAGCGGCCACUUAGCAUCUACUGGGGCACAGCAACGACCGGAAAGCCUCACUGCGGCUACUUCGUGCCUAUGCUGAAGAUUGCUGAAUUUCUGGCUGCUGGAUGCGAAGUCAAGGUUUUGUUGGCAGAUGUUCACGGCUUCCUCGACAACCUCAAAGCACCCAUUGACUUGGUCGUGCUUCGGGCAGAGUACUACAAGUAUUGCGUGACGGCAGCUCUCAAGGCUGUCAAUGUCGAUGUAUCGAAGCUGAAGUUCGUACUUGGUUCGACUUAUCAAACCACAGGCGAGUCGGGCGCCAAGUACUUUAUGGAUCUCCUGCGACUGAGCACAUCGGUAUCUGGUCACGAUGCAUCGAAAGCUGGUUCAGAAGUGGUCAAGCAAGUUGAAAGCCCACCUCUCUCUUCACAAAUAUACCCACUCAUGCAAGCACUCGAUGAGGAGUAUCUGGGCGUGGACGCGCAAUUCGGAGGCGUCGAUCAGCGCAAGAUCUUCACUCUCGCCGUCGAGGCACUCCCACGUAUUGGCUUCCGGAAACGCGCACAUCUGAUGAACCCUCUGAUUCCUGGUCUCCAAGAAGGCGGAAAGAUGAGCUCCUCAGAUCCAGACUCGAAAAUCGAUUUCAUCGACCCACCAGAAGUUGUGAAGAAGAAGGUCAAAAAGGCAUUCUGUCCUCCAAAGCAGGUCGAAGGCAACGGUGUUCUCAGCUUUGUGGAGUUCGUGCUGCUACCCGCUUCUGCAUUGAAGAACAAUGGCGAGCCCAAGUUUGUUGUGGAGCGACGAGAUGCAGAGCCAUUGGUCUACUCCAACAUCCAAAAAAUGCAGGAGGACUACGCAGCAGAUAUUCUGCAGCCACAAACACUCAAGCCUGCUUUCACUAACGCUCUCCUUGAACUCCUGGCACCUAUUCAAGAGACUUUCCAGAAGAGCGCAGAAUGGAAGGAGGUCGAGCAGAAAGCAUACCCACCACCACCUGCGCCGGAGAAGAAAGCGAAGAAGGUAAAGAAUCUUGGAACAAGAUUUCCGGGCGCCAAACCAGCUGCAAAUGGUGAAGUUAGCACAAAGCCAGAUGGCUCACUCGAGGGUCCAGGUGCUCAGGAGGCCAGCGUGGGAAAGACAACAGAAGACGCCAUGAAUGCACUCAGCGUGAGCGAUGAGCAGAAAUAGCAACCAGUGCUGGAAAUUGUGGUGGCAGAUACGAGACAGAUGAGUGAUAUGCGCGUGUACGACAGCAGGGACAUGUCUACUUCUCAACAUAGGUAUGAAAUGACGAGCUGUUUCUACAGAUCUUUUGUGUACCUCAGUAUGCUGAUACCUGGAGCUUCCUCUCCGAUCUCGGACGUCUACGCCAUUGAGGCAGUCUCGCACACGGCAUGCUGCACUCAAAUACACCUGCUCGUGCUCCCCGAUGCGCUCACAUAUGCAAGAUCAAGGCACCGGCCAAGACAAAACACUGCUCACGACACACGUGUGGCGAGGUCGCACGCGGAAAGCCUUUUCCAGAGGCCGCCCCCUCGCAUUCCAGCAAACACCCCGGCUGCCUAUGAACAACUCAGAUAUGACUCGAAGACGGCUAUGCAGUGAAACAGAGAAUCCCCUCACUCAUGCGAACAG